GCGCAAUUUGUGAGGAGAGACAUCGCCCCGACGACAGUCCUUGCAGCAUGAGCUCCAUCGCGAAGUUGACCCAGAUCGCCAAGAUCGUGGACCAGAAGGAGAAGCUGGCCGCGUACAAGGACUACAUCGAUGCGUCGGCUCUGAACGAGGCUGCGCUCAAGUCCCUUCUGGAGCAUGUCUUGACCGACGACGUCCAGCUCGUGGUCGCGCGAACGGUGCUGAGCCAAUUCGCCCAAGCGGUCGGGCGCAUCGACACGGAAGUCCAUGCGUGGAAGAAGGACCUGCUCGUCUUUGCGCUGCAGCAGAUCAAGCCGCGGAUCCUCUCGUUCGAGGAGACGGACGUGGUCCUUCGCGAGCAACUCUGCGACCUCUUCAUGGAGGAAGAAGAGUACAUUGAGGCGGCCAAGACGCUUGCAGCCAUCAACCUCGAGAGCUCGGCGCGGCAGUACUCGGACGACGAGAAGGCCGAAAAGUACGUCAAGAUCGCCGAGCUCUACCUCCAGGAGGACGAGACGGUCGACGCCGAGAACUUUAUCAACCGCGCGUCCCGGGUCAUUCACGCUGUCGACGCCUCCAACUGGGCGCUCAAGAUCCGCUACCAAGUGUCGUACGCGCGCAUCCUCGACUCGAAGCGCAAGUUCCUCGACGCCGCUUUGCGCUACUACGAGUUUUCCCAGUCCAAGCCCGAUGAAGUCGACCCGGACGACCUCCUCCAGCUCCUCGGGAAAGCGACGACGUGCGCGAUUCUCGCGGCCGCGGGGCCCCAGCGCUCGCGCCUCCUCGCCACGCUCUACAAGGAUGAGCGCAUCAAGUCGAUGGAGCACGCGGGUAUUCUUGAGAAGCUCUACUUGGAGCAGCGUCUGCGCCGGUCCGACAUUGCCGCGUUCGAAGAGGGCUUGCUCCCGCACCAAAAGGCCAAGCUCGCCAAUGGCUUCACGGUCGUCGAGCAAGCGUUCUUGGAGCACAACAUGCUCGCUGUCUCGCGCAUCUACACGAGCAUGUACUUUGACGAGCUCGGCACGCUCCUCGGGGUCGACGCCAAGAAGGCAGAGAAGGUGGCCGCCAUUAUGAUUAGCGAAGACCGCAUGAAGGGCUCAAUCGACCAGGUCAACGGCCUCCUCGAGUUUGAACAAGACGGCGAGGUGCUCCAAGCCUGGGACGACCGCAUCAACUCGAUCUGCCUCAACGUCAACGCGUGUGCCGAAAACAUCCAGAGCAAGUACCCCCACGUGCUCUCGUCGUCUGCGUAA